AGAAUUCCCUUGGUGUCGUUGUUGAACCGACCUGAGCUGAGCUGAGCUGACCGGAGCAUCACAGCAGAUGAAGUCUGACCACUUUUAUCUGGAUGUGGGGCCAUGCUGCCAUCGACUUGUGACAUCCGUGUGAAGUUGUGGACGGUUGUGGAUCCCGCCGGGGCUUUCAUCGCGUCGCUCGGAGCUGCAGACUCGUUUUCCUAGACCUCUUUCGUUGCCACUUCCUGUCGGUGAAUACACCAUUUUUUUUCCCAGGAUGGAGACUCUUUCCCAGGAUUCGAAUCUGGAGUGUCAGAUCUGCUUUAACUACUACAGCCCGCGCCGCCGGCCCAAACUCCUGGACUGCCGACACACUUGCUGCUCGGUGUGUCUGACCCAGAUGCGCAGCACCCAGAAGGAGAUCCGCUGCCCUUGGUGCCGCGGCGUCACCAAGCUGCCCCCCGGCCUGUCCGUCUCCCAGCUCCCGGACGACCCGGACAUCGUAACCGUCAUCGCAAUCCCUCACACCUCCGAGCACACGCCCGUGUUCAUCCGCCUCCCCAGCAACGGCUGCUACAUGCUGCCGCUGCCCGUCGCCAAGGAGCGGGCGCUGGGCCUGCCGGGCGAGCUGGGGUGUCACAUCCUGCCCGGCGGGCAGCACAAAGGGGUCACCGUGGUGACCGUGCCCGAGCAGCAGGAUCUGGGCCUGGCCAUGGGUCUGGAGGGCGGCGAGGGCGAGCGGAGAGUCACCGGCCCCCCGGGGGGGGUCAAGGGCUCCACGUGGUCCGGCGUGUGCACCGUGAUCCUGGUGGCCUGCGUGCUGCUCUUCCUGCUGGGCAUCGUCCUGCACAACAUGUCCUGCAUCUCCAAACGCUUCACGGUCAUCUCCUGCGGCUGAGGGGGGGGGGGGACUAGGACCGCUGUGGACCCCCCUCCCCCUCCCCCGCUGGCCCUGCCUCUCCUCAGGGCCGGACUCUGCCGAGGAGACGGCACUGGACUCACAUCGUGGAAACAACAGCAGCGUGACAGCGUUGGUGCCACACGCCGGUCUGCCAUCGUGCUCCUUUACGUUCGGGGACAGAAAUUAAAAUAGAAAACAUCCUUUCAAAUCUUCACUUUCUUCUCCUCCGCUGGACCUCAGACUCUCUCUCUCCUCCGUUGUUUCCAUGUUUCAAAUACAGAAUGUUUGAAAAAUUGCUCCAGAUGUGUUUUUUCGGUGGGCAGUUUGGACACUUUCAGACUCACAGUAGAUGGAUUGUCUGUAUAGUCUGUAAUUUGUAGAACUACAUGAGUUAUAGUGUUGAUUAGCUGAGACGCCAGCUCUCCUGGAUCUGCAGGACUUAACUGUGCCGGAGCUUCGGCCGGCUCCCGCCAGAAUCAUCCGGGUAACAGCUUUAAUAUUCUUGUUUCGGUUCAAGGAACCAGUUCACAACAAAACUUGUUUAAAAAUGACGAAUCUACAUAGUUGUGAUGUUCAUCCAUGACGGCAUAUUCGCAGCCGAACUGCAACACAGGUAGAAAUGACUGUAAAAGAUGCAGAAACUGUCCUGGUUGGAAUUGAUUUCAUUGUUUUUUUCUUGUCGAGUAAAAAACUUUGUUGGUCCCAGUUUCCCGCGUAGAAGAACCUUUUUUUAAAUGUGUUUUUGUCUGUUGGAUGCACCCAAAUAACCCUGAGCUGUGAUUUACAGUUGGAGUUUACACAAUUUACAGAAAGAUAAACUUCUUUACCUCCAUGUCUAACGGUUUAAGCGUGAUGUGCAGCCCAGGAGCUUCUCACAAGAUCCUAUUAUCCUUUCGGCCCGUUCCUCCUGGGAUUGAGGUCAGGGCUUUGUGUUGGCCACUCCAACACCUUAACCUUUUGGUCUGCUCUGUAUUUGCAUCUCAUUUGAAGGAAUUAUGACAGUAUUAUCCAUUUAGUAGACCCAUCCACGGCCCCAGUUUUCAUUUUUUG